AUGAAUGAAGUAUUCUGUACUGCAGAAGAUAUGGGACUUCAAAUCUUCUACCAGGACUGUGAUAGCAUGCAUAUUUUCAAUGAAGACAUCCCACUGUUAGCUCAGGAAUUUCAGAAGAGAUACGGUAGAGAACUUAUAGGAAAGAACCUUGGUCAAUUUCAUUCUGACUUCGCAAAAAUAACACCUGGAAAACAAAGUUUAGCAUACAAGUCAAUAUUUUGUGGAAAGAAGACCUACAUAGACUUACUCACUAACGAUUUAAAUGAAGUUGCAUUCCAUGCACGUUGCAAAGGUGUCAAACAAGACGUCCUUGCUUUAACAGCAAAUGAAAUGUUUCCUGAAGCUAUACAAUGCUAUUACAAUGAAGAUAAGAACAUUCACAUACCUGCUGGAACAUAUGACAAAUACUCUGAGUUCAGUUUAAUGAAACUUUACAAAGCACUUUAUGACGGUCAAGAGAUUGGAUUUGACUUAUGUAAGUCUGCUACACCUGCAUUUGAGGAAAAGUUUAACUUUUCUAUUCAGAGUAAGACUUCAUUCAUAAGAAAGCUUAAGUUCUGA